AUGGAGAGGAGGAGGAAGAUGGCGGGAGGGCGGCUCUGAGGAGACCUCGGCGGCGGCGGAGGAGGAGAGAAGCGCAGCGCCGUGCCGCGCCGGGGCCCAUGUGGGGAGGAGUCGGAGUCGCUGUUGCCGCCGCCGCCGCCGCCGCCUGUAACUGCUGGACCCGAGUGGGAGUGAGGGGGAAACGGCAGGAUGAAGUUCGCCGAGCACCUCUCCGCGCACAUCACUCCCGAGUGGAGGAAGCAAUACAUCCAGUAUGAGGCUUUCAAGGACAUGCUGUAUUCAGCUCAGGAUCAGGCACCUUCUGUGGAAGUUACAGAUGAGGACACGGUAAAGAGGUAUUUUGCCAAGUUUGAAGAAAAAUUUUUCCAAACCUGUGAAAAGGAACUUGCCAAAAUCAACACAUUUUAUUCAGAAAAGCUUGCAGAGGCUCAGCGCAGGUUUGCUACACUUCAGAAUGAGCUUCAGUCAUCACUGGAUGCACAGAAAGAGAGCAUUGGCGUUACUACACUGCGACAGCGCAGGAAGCCAGUCUUCCACUUAUCCCAUGAGGAACGUGUCCAACAUAGGAAUAUUAAAGACCUUAAACUGGCCUUCAGUGAGUUCUACCUCAGUCUAAUCCUGCUGCAGAACUAUCAGAAUCUGAAUUUUACAGGGUUUCGAAAAAUCCUCAAAAAGCAUGACAAAAUCCUGGAAACUUCUCGUGGAGCAGAUUGGCGCGUGGCUCAUGUUGAAGUGGCCCCAUUUUAUACGUGCAAGAAAAUCAACCAGCUCAUCUCUGAAACUGAGGCUGUAGUGACUAAUGAACUUGAAGAUGGUGACCGACAAAAAGCUAUGAAGCGUUUACGUGUCCCCCCUUUGGGAGCUGCUCAGCCUGCACCAGCAUGGACUACUUUUAGAGUUGGCCUAUUUUGUGGAAUAUUCAUUGUACUGAAUAUUACCCUUGUGCUUGCCGCUGUAUUUAAACUUGAAACAGAUAGAAGUAUAUGGCCCUUGAUAAGAAUAUAUCGGGGUGGCUUUCUUCUGAUUGAAUUCCUUUUUCUACUGGGCAUCAACACAUAUGGUUGGAGACAGGCUGGAGUGAAUCAUGUGCUCAUUUUCGAACUUAAUCCAAGAAGCAAUUUGUCUCAUCAGCAUCUUUUUGAGAUUGCUGGAUUCCUUGGGAUAUUGUGGUGCCUGAGCCUUCUGGCAUGCUUCUUUGCUCCAGUUAGUGUCAUCCCUACAUAUGUGUAUCCACUUGUCCUUUACGGAUUUAUGGUUUUCUUUCUUAUCAAUCCCACCAAAACUUUCUAUUAUAAGUCACGGUUUUGGCUGCUUAAACUGCUGUUUCGAGUAUUUACAGCCCCCUUCCAUAAGGUAGGCUUUGCUGAUUUCUGGCUGGCCGAUCAGCUGAACAGCCUGUCAGUGAUAUUGAUGGACCUGGAAUAUAUGAUCUGCUUCUACAGUUUUGAGCUCAAAUGGGAUGAAAGUGGGGGCCUGUUGCCAAAUAAUUCAGAAGAACCAGAAAUUUGCCACAAAUAUUCAUAUGGUGUACGGGCCAUUGUUCAGUGCAUUCCUGCUUGGCUUCGCUUCAUCCAGUGCCUGCGCCGAUACCGAGACACAAAAAGGGCCUUUCCUCAUUUAGUUAAUGCUGGGAAAUACUCCACAACUUUCUUCACGGUGACGUUUGCAGCCCUUUACAGCACUCACAAAGGUAUUCUGUGA